GAGAUUUGAGGUACGAUAAUAAUGAAUCAUAUUAUGUUUGUUUUUCACCGGCAGUGUUGUUUUGCGCAAUCUGUGAGCGCUCGUGUCGCAAAAUGUAUUCGACGAAAGUAAGAAUUUUAAAUUCGCAGUUAGGAAUUCUGCAAAAACAAUCUGUAAGGAGUGCAGCAGUGAGCAGCACAUCAAUAAAAGUUGAAGAUGCAACGGUCCCGCUCAAAUCAUUGAAGGAUAUCCCGGGCCCACCGUCACUGCCCUUUAUUGGCCCUCUACACAACUUCUUGCCAGGAGGUAUGUUCUAUAAUGUGAAAGGUAUAGAGCUCAAUAAAAAAUUGUACGAAAUGUAUGGACCUAUUGUGAGGUUGGACUCAAUGCUGGGCACGGACUUAAUAAUAGCUCUAUACGACGCUGAUGGUGCGGCCCAAAUCCUUCGCGGCCAGAAUUGGAUGCCUAUUCGACCUGGAUUCCCUUCACUGGAAUACUAUAGGAAAAAUUAUAAGCAUAAGAACGAAGAGUCAUCCAAACCAACUGGACUUUUAACUGACCAUUUAGAACCAUGGAAGGAGUUCCGCUCUGCCAUGAAUCCCGUGAUGAUGCAGCCGAAAACUAUCAGACUGUACGCAAAUGCGAUAGAUCAGGUCGCCCAAGAUAUGAUCUCCAGAAUGAAAUCAACACGAGAUGAAAAUAACAUGCUUCGUGGAAAAUUCGACAUAGAAAUGAAUUUGUGGGCCUUGGAGUCGAUUGCUGUGGUCGCUCUGGGCACUCGGCUGAACUGCUUCGAUCCGAACCUGGCUGAGGACUCGCCAGCAAGGAGACUCAUCCAGCGCGUUAAUGACUUCUUCAAUUGUGUCGAGGCAUUGGACUACAAGCCAACCUUAUUUAAAUUUACCCGUACAUCAAGGUUAAAUAAAGCGAUUAAAACCUAUGAAGAUCUUGAAAACUUAACGAAAUAUUUCAUACAAGAAGCAAUGGAACAAUUGAAAAAAAAUAAAGGAAUAUCUAAUGACGAAAAAGGUGUGCUUGAAAAACUGUUGGAAAUAAAUGAAGAAUUCGCGUACAUUAUGGCGGCCGACAUGUUGUUUGCUGGUGUUGAUACGACUACCAACACUAUGCUGGGGGCAUUGUACCUCCUGGCAAUAAACCCAGAUAAGCAGCAAAAACUUCGAGAGGAGGUAAUGUCGAAAUCAGACAAGAAACCAUACUUGCGGGCAUGCAUUAAAGAGUCGAUGAGGUUAAUGCCGAUUGCACCUGGUAACUUCAGAAAGACAACCAAAGACUUCAAUAUUCUCGGAUAUCAUAUACCAAAAGAUACACAUAUCCUUUUCGUACACCAAGAGAUGUCAUUAAACGAAGAUUACUUCCCGAGAGCUUCUGAAUUCAUCCCAGAACGUUGGACAGUUGAUAAAGACGACCCGCUGUACCAUGGAAACGCGCAUCCUUUUGCCUUUUCUCCAUUUGGCUUUGGAGUCCGCAUGUGCAUAGGUCGUCGCAUCGCGGAGCUGGAAGUGGAAACGCUACUGGCGCGGAUCGUGGAGAACUUCAAGGUGGAAUGGUUCGGACCACCAGCAAAUGUAGUCCAAUCUGCACUUAACUACGUCAGAGGGCCAUACAAUUACGUUUUGAAAGAUGUGUAAUAGUUUAUAUCUAAAAUACAUACACAAAAUCGUAAAUUAUAUUUAUUUUUGUAAAGGA